AUGAGGGGAAAAAAAGGGAAGGGGAAGAAGGGAGAAAAAAAGAGGAGAGAAGAAAGGGGGGAAAAGAAAAGGGAGAAGAAAAAGAGAGAGAGAAAAAAGGGGAGGGGAGAAAAGGAAAGGAAAAGGGAAGGAAAAAAGGAAAAGAGGGGGGAAAAGGAGAGGGGAGGAGGAAAAAAGAAAGAGGAAAGGAAAAGGGGGAGGAGAAGAGGGGAAGAAAGAAGGAGAGGAAAGGGGAAGAGGAGGAGAGGGGGAGAGAAAGAAGGAGAAGGGAGAGGAAAGAGAAGGAGAGGGGAAGAAAAAAGAAGGAGAGGAAAGGAGAAGGAGGGGAGAAGGAAGGAGGAGGGAGAGGAAAAGGAAAAGGGAGAAGAGGGGAGAGAAGGGGGGAAGAGGAAAGAAGGGAGGGAAGAAAAGGAAGGGGGAAAGAAGAGAAAGAGGAGAGAGGGAAAAGAAAGGGAGGAAGAAAAAAGGGGGGAAGAAAAAAGGAGAAGGGGAAAAGGGAGGGAGAGGAAAAAAAAGAAAGGAGAG